UGUGAUUACUACUUUCAAGUUUCGUGACAAAAUCUUAUUGGGAUUAUGAUGGAACCAAUCGGAGAAGAAAGAUCCUUGUCAGAAACACCAACUUGGGCUGUGGCAACUGUUGUCACUAUUCUUGUUUCUCUUAGUUUCUUGUUUCAUGGCACAUUAAAGAAGUUUCUUAAGUGGAUGGCCAGAACCAAGAGAAAAUCUCUGCUUUCUGCUCUGGAAAAGAUCCAAGAAGAAUUAAUGCUGUUUGGGCUGCUGUCAUUGAUCAUGGGUCAUUGGAUUAUCUUUGUGGCGAAGAUUUGUGUCAAAUCAUCAGCAUUAAGCAGCAUGUUCUUCCCUUGUGCAGUCAAAGACAUUUCUGGAACAGCAGUGCAACACAAUAUUUUCUGGCAUACUUCACACUAUAAUAACAGUGAUUCCAAAGAGAAACUCCACAUUGGCCUCCGAAAUUAUUGUCCUGAGGGACAUGAAUCAUUGGCUUCUUAUGAGAGCCUUGAGCAGCUUCAUCGCUUUAUGUUUGUUCUUGCAAUCACACAUGUUACAUAUAGCUUUGUUGCUGUUGCCUUGGCCAUGAUCAAGAUAUAUAGCUGGAGAACAUGGGAAAAUGAAGCAAAGACUAUGGCUUUACAACAAAGCUUGCAAGGUACUCCACAAACUACAUCAAGCAUAAGAUUGAAUCGGCUUACAACGUUCGUCUUUCACCAAACAUCCCAUCCCUGGAGUAAUCACAAAGUUCUUGUUUGGCUGCUAUGCUUCAGCCGCCAAUUCUGGAGUUCUAUCAACUGUGCUGAUUACAUGGCGUUGCGCUUAGGCUUCAUUACUAAUCAUGAACUUCCCCUGACAUAUGAUUUCCACAACUAUAUGCUUCGAAGCAUGGAUGAUGAAUUUCGUGACAUUGUUGGUGUUAGUGUGCUUCUCUGGAUAUAUGCCAUAUGCUGCAUAUUUCUAAAUUUUCAUGGAAGCAACUUUUACUUUUGGCUUUCCUUUGUUCCAGCAAUUUUGAUACUCAUAAUUGGUACUAAAUUGCACCGAGUGGUGGUAAAGUUGGCUACUGAAAUAGUAGAUCGUUGCCCUUAUGUUAAGCCUCAUCAGUUUAAUUUGAGAGAUGAACUCUUUUGGUUUGGAAAGCCAAGGUUUUUGUUGCGCUUAAUACACUUGAUAUCCUUCUUGAAUGCGUUUGAGAUGGCAUCUUUCUUGUGGUCCUUGUGGGAAAUCAAAGAACCUUCUUGUUUCAUGAAAAACAAAACCUUUAUUGCAAUCCGCUUAUCAUUCGGGGUAGUCUCACAAGUAUGGUGCAGCUUCAUAACAUUUCCUCUAUAUGUUAUCAUCACACAGAUGGGGUCAAGGUUCAAGAAGUCAGUGGUGUCAGAGAAUGUGAGAGAAUCACUGUCUAAAUGGCAGAGAAGAGUGAAGCACAAACAGAGUUCCCCUCAAGCACUGGUUUCUGAAACAUCUCCAUCAUCGGAUUCUGGUAUCAACAAUGCAAUGGACAAGUUAAUCAGUGGGGAAGGAACCUCCUCUGGAACUAAACAUGAUUAUUCUUACUCUCAUCAUCAUUUUGAUUAUGUCACUUCCAGAAGACAAAGAAAUGAACCAUUUCUUAGUCAUGAUGAUGAUGAUGAUGAUUCAUAUCCUCUUCCACUUUCUUGAGAUUAUUUUGUUAACAUUGUGAAAAUUGUGAUGAAUUGAU